AUGACAGAAACCACCAGGUCUCGAGACACAGACCCCCUCCUCUCCCGCGACUCCGCCGAGCUCCACCGCGUCCACCAUCCUCAUGACGAACUUCGGCACUCCUUCGACGCCACCUCUGAUGAAGAACAACAUCUUCAGCCCACCUCUCCCACAGACACAUUCCCACACACGCCAAAAAUCGAUUACUGGAAUGGCUUAGCACUCAUCAUCGGCCUCCAAAUCGGAUCCGGGAUCUUCUCCUCCCCGGGUAUGAUAACAUCACACGUCAACUCCCUCGGCGCCUCACUCGUCGUAUGGCUCGUUUCUGGAUUACUAGCAUGGACGGGUGCUGCGACAUACGCAGAGCUCGGUACCUCUCUUCCCGAAAGUGGUGGACCAAAGGCGUAUUUUGCGAGGGUGUAUGGACCCUUACCGAGUUUUUUGUUCCUGUUUACUGUCAUUGGGUGUUUGAAGCCCGGUACGGUCGCAAUUAUCGCAGUCGUGUUCGCUAGCUACGCAACGAGGAUGUUUGGUGUCGAAAGCCACGAGGGGAGUGUUCUGGAGCGGUGUAUCGCCGUUGGUAUCAUUUGGUGCGUCAUCAGUAUCAACAUGCUUGGCGCGAAAGAGGGGAUGAGAGUCGGACGAUAUCUCGCGGUUCUCAAAGUCAGCGCAGUCUGCUCUGUCGCCGUUUUGGGCGCAGCGACACUCUUGAGCGGCCAUGCCGUCCCCGAUUUCAAGCGCCCAUUAUUCGAAGGGUCGAGCACGGAUCUCGGUGACUACGCCCUCGCAUUCUACUCCUCCCUCUGGGCCUACGAAGGUUGGGAUAACGUAAACUACAUCACCGCAGACCUCCACAACCCAACCCGCCUCCUCCCCCUAAUCCUCCACUCCGCCCAACCCCUCGUAAUAACCCUCUACCUCCUCGCAACCCUCUCCUACUCCACCGCACUCCCCUUCCCGCUCCUAACCUCCUCCCACGCCAUCGCCGUCGAUUUCGCGGAUGCGGUGGUGGGACGAUGGGGGGGCGUGGUGUUUGGGGGCGUUGUGGCAGCGAGUUGUGUGGGGGCGUUGAAUGCGACGGUGUUUACGGCAAGUAGAUUGUGUACGGUCGCGGGUAGUGACGGUAGCAUCCCGCGAAUAUUUGGUUGGGUUCAUCCGGAGCGGGGGACGCCAAUCCCUGGACUCCUCCUCCAAGGCUCGAUUGGGAUGUUGUUGGUGUUGUUGAUCCCAACUUUCUCGCGGUUGACGGCGUUUUAUGGAAUUUGUGGGCUGGCGUGGUAUUUUACGGUCGGGGUUGCAGCGUGUGUGUUGCGCUUUAAGGAGCCGGGGUUGGUGAGACCCUAUAAGGCGAGUUGGGGCACGUUGCUUGGGUUUGUGGGGGUUGGGGGGUUCAUGCUCGUUAGGGGUGUUAUUGCUGAGCCAGGGAUGACGGUUGCUGUCAGUGGUUUCUUUGUGCUUGGGAUUGUGGUGUUCUUUUUGAAGGGGCAGCCGAAGAUGGUGACGGCGCCGAAUGAUGUCGGGGGGAAUUGA